AUGUGUUUGCCGUUUAGAUCCGUGUUGCUGCUGGUAGAAAUUCGGUACCGCGCGGGAUUGGUGCGUCGCAGGCAGGCAAUACGCUUUUACCGACAAGACGAAUCUUCCGAAGCCGGAACGGCGAAACAGCUGGGUAUCUUUGCCGAAAAAGAUCUUGUGCCACACUACUGCAUUGCCACUCUCUUGACACACAAUUUCAACAUGGGUUUCCUUCGCCGCCAGUUACGUGAGCAAUUUGAAAAGAAGAAGCCGGAGGCACUCCAGGCCGACAUCCGCAUGAUCUCGGGCUGUCAGGAUGUUCAAACCAGCGCCGACGUUUCCAACGUGUCUUCCUUUCAGCUUCCGGAUCCGGCUGGUAACGCUGGUGGUGCUUGCACUUCUACCCUCUUAAACGUGCUCUACAAGGAUCACCAGACUCCGGAAGAUACUAUGUCUUUUGUGGAACUUCUGAACAAGAUGCGAGAAAAUUUGGAAGCCAAGGGGUUUUCCCAAGUUCCUCAGCUAACCGCGUCGCAUCCCAUUGAUGUGAACGAUGACUUUGACUUGGUCCCUCCUGCUGCGACGGGCACGCGCCGGGCCCUCUUGAUCGGUAUCAACUACGUUGGACACGAACAGGGUGUCUUGAGAGGUUGCCAUAACGACGUCAAGAAUAUGGUGGAAUACAUCAAGGCUGUUCAUGGCUUUGAAGACGAGAACAUUACCAUUCUCAUGGACGAUGGGGAGCACACUGCCCCAACACAUGCAAACAUGAUUGCGGCCUAUAAGAAAAUUGUCGCUCUCAGCAAAGCUGAUGAUGCGCUCUUUUGUCACUUUUCCGGUCACGGAGCCAAAAUUCGCGACGACGACCGUGGUGAAGAAGACGAUGGCUAUGACGAAACCCUGGUUCCAAUUGAUUACCACGAAAACGGUAUGAUCCGUGACGACGAUCUCUACGAUAUUCUUAUCAAGCCGUUGGUUCAAGGUGUCCACUUGGUUUGCUUGAUGGAUUGUUGCCAUAGCGGAACGGUCCUGGACCUUCCCUACGUGUACAAGGCCGACGGAAACUUUACAGAAAUGGAAAUUGACGAAAACUUUGACUUCAAGAAGCUUCUUGGGAAGUUUGGAAUAGACGACUUUGACAAGUUUGGAGGAGAAGCUCUUGGUAAAAUAAACGGAGAUGCUCUCGGCAAAGUUGGUAAAGACGCGCUCGGCAAGCUCAACAAAUUUUUCGGUUGAGUGUUAGUAUUAGAUUCAAAUACGAGUGCUGCACAUCAGAAUGAAAGUUAAGGAUAUAGAUGGAUUUACUUUCACUA